CAGAAGCUUAGACAUUUCGGGAACGCUGCCGGUAAAUUUCACAGUUCGUUGACACGCUUGGGAAUUACGUCGUUUUGAAAAUAUGUUUUGUGGGGAACUGUGUUCUCUUGCAGAAUUAAUGGAAUAUUAAUCCUUUCAACACACCAAGUGUAGUGCUUUUUUAUAAAUGAGCUGGAUUAAUCAGCAUGGAGUGUGGACGAUUGCAAGUAGUAAGCUGGAACGAAGGCGUAUGGAGGUAUCCAGGAGGUCCUCUUCGGCUAUUUGACAUGGAAGAAGAGUUACCGUCCAAAUUCUUUGAAGAGGACAGCCUGUCGAAGAGACUACGCCUUUCCUUGGAUGUGGGCGUCCACGGUUCCACCACUUCAAAACUUCAUGCUAGCUCUCAUCAUCGUAAUCACAGUUUGGACUUCAGGUUAACCAGCUGUGCAACACAACAUAGCCACCAGCAUCAUCGGAAUAGGAGUUUAGACUCUGUUCUUCAGCAAAUUCCAGAGACUGGAAGUUCUUCCGCCUAUGGCCAGCCGCUGCGUUGUCAAGUGUCGAAGCCACAUGACGGCAGCAGCUGUGACAGCGUCUCUUUGGACACCCCUCCAUCAUCAGCCAGUCCUUCAUGUACCACCCUUCCAGUUAGGGACAACACGGACCGAACGAGUCUAGCCUCUGAUGACAGUGGUAUCUUCAAUUCAGACGAUGGUGAGAGACCUCGAUUGAUACCGGAUAGCAGUCUUGUCAAUGGCCACAGUUCUCAACAUUCCAAUUUUCUGCUUCAGCCAAGACUGAUGACAGAUAGUGUGCACUUAAGACACAGUUCUCAGAAAUCUUCAGCACAUCAGUUACCCACUGAUCACAUGUCUGAGGAAGCCAUCAACAAUUCCGUGCAUUCCUCUGAAACAUUACCCAAAGAUACUCCUGACCAGUCUGAGGAAGUUGUAGACGAGGUUGCACGUUCUAGAGAUGCAUCUUCCACUCUCAGCGAACCAUCAGAUGGUGCUGAAUCGAAAGUUGUGAUGUAUCCUAAACCUCCACCCAAAGAAUCACUGUUGCUUCGAUUGUUUGAGUCCACGUUGUUUGAUAUGUCCAUAGCAAUUACUUACUUAUUUAAUUCUAAGGAGCCUGGAGUGCAAACAUAUUUAGGCAAUCGGAUGUUUACUUUUGACCAUCAAAGCGUCGAUUUUUAUUUACCCCAACUAGUGAGUUUAUAUGUCCAUCACUCUGAUGUUGCAGAAGCUAUUCAUCCUUAUUUGGUGUAUAGGUGCCGCAACAAUGUGGAAUUUUCCCUUCAACUAGCCUGGUUGCUUCAAGCAUUUUGCUCCGAAAACACGCCGUCCCGAAAAAAGUCUCAAGGGGCAAAAUUGAAAAAGCUGAUUUUAUCUGAAGAAUUAAGGCCCAAAGAGUCCUUUCUUCCAUGUCCCUCUUCUGGUCAUCCAUUGUCUCCAAAAAAGACACAUCAAAGAUCAUUUUCUGAUGCCACAGGUCUAGGAAACCUUCGAAGAAGUGCUUCUGCAAUUGGCACCCUGAGUAAGAAUGCCCCCAAAGAUUUGGCAUCUGGAUAUGCAUUUGACAAUGGAUGCAAAUGCUUUGACAGCUGCAAAAGUAUUUGCAGUGACCUCAGAGGCCAAAUAGUGCAUUGCCAUUGUCAAGCUCCUAGGCUUUCUGCUGAACAAGAUUUUGUUCAAGCAUUGAUGUCCAUUGGUCUUAGAUUACAAGCUGUUCUUACCAAAGAAUUGAAAACUCAGAAACUGCAAGCAGAACUUUCUAUGUUGAACUUAAAUCUUCCGGCUCGGGUGUGGCUUCCAAUCCAUUCCAAAACCACUCGCCAUUUGAUUCUGAGAAUUCCCCCACAAGCUUCAGUUGUUCUUAAUUCUAAGGAUAAAGCUCCUUAUCUAAUUUAUGUUGAAAUAAUUGAAGUGGAUGACAUUCAUGGCUCUGUUGUUCCACCAAAAAUGAUAAAUGCACUAAGGCAGACACGUUCUGAAGAAAAUCUUCCUGAUUAUUUUGGAAAUUAUGACUUCCCUGGUGUCUCGUUUUCUAUCCAUCCAGCUUUAGACGAUGACGCAGAUUGUUGGACUCAAGAGGAUGAUGCAAUUUCUUUACAGUAUGCAUCCUGCCAAAAACCUAAAGACAGAGACGCACUUUCCCAAAUGUCACAAGACAGUGGAACGAGUGCAGACAGCAGAGAACCCAACUUUGUUGCUGCUGGCGACAUACGAAGGAGGUUGUCUGAAAAUAUUAAUGCUCCAAAAAGCACAUUCAAGAGAGAUCCUGAAGAUCCAUCUGCUGCUGCUCUGAAAGAACCAUGGGAAGAGAAAAUAAGGCGAAUCAGGGAAUCUUCUCCUUAUGGACACCUGCCUAAUUGGAACCUUCUCUCUGCAAUCAUCAAAUGUGGAGAUGAUCUUAGGCAGGAACUCAUGGCUUAUCAGCUCUUGGCUACUUUACAAAAAAUUUGGGAAACAGAACGGGUACCACUUUGGGUGAGGCCUUACAGAAUACUGGUGACAUCAGAAGAUAGUGGCAUGAUAGAGCCCAUCCUGAACACAGUUUCUUUGCACCAAGUGAAGAAGCACAGCAAAAUGUCCCUCCUUGAAUACUUCCUCCGAGAAUUCGGCUGUGCAACUAGUGAAGCAUUUUUAACAGCCCAGAGGAAUUUUGUUCAGAGUUGUGCUGCGUACUGUUUGGUUUCUUACCUAGUCCAAGUGAAAGACAGGCAUAAUGGAAACAUUCUUUUGGAUGGUGAAGGCCACAUAAUUCACAUAGAUUUUGGUUUCAUCUUGUCUUCUUCACCAAAAAACUUAGGAUUUGAAAAUUCACCUUUCAAAUUAACCCAAGAGUUCGUAGAUGUAAUGGGUGGUCCUGGAAACGACAUGUUUGAAUAUUUCAAGAUACUGAUGCUUCAAGGCCUUGUUGCAGCACGAAAACAUCAUGAGAGAAUCAUCACUCUGGUCGAGAUCAUGCAGGCAUCUUGCCAGUUACCGUGCUUCAAAAAUGGUGCCAGUGCCAUAAAAGCUUUGCGAGACAGAUUCCACAUGGGACUUACAGAAGAGCAACUGCAGCUUCUUGUUGAUACUAUGGUUGAAUCUAGCAUGCAUUCGCUGACUACAAAACUCUAUGAUGGUUUUCAGUACUUCACAAAUGGAAUCCUGUAGAAUGUAUAUAUACACAUAUAUUUAUGUAUAUAUAUGAUUCUGCUGUUCUUUCAAAAAGUGCACCUUAAUUGCCAGAGUUGGUUAUUCCUGUGUAUAGAUUCCAAGAAUGUUUUCAAUCUUGGUAAUUACUACUCUUUUUUCCAUGAUUGUUAGUCUUGAAUGAUUGCCACAUGUAUCAUAGACACUUUACUCAUGCUUGACAUGUUUUUGUGCAGAAAAAAAAGAAGAUAUUUUUUGUGUACAGAUAAACUAUAGGUUGUUAGCUUUUGUGGAAAUCAGGACUAUCACUUCAAUCUGCAUAGGUCAUAAUCCUUUCGAAGUCUGAACUUUGGACACUAAUCUUGUUAAGAUUGAGCUUUUAAUUAAUGUACACGCUGUUUUUCCUUUUUUAAUAUUGAAAGUUUAUUACCUGCUGAAGUAAAAUAGAACUAUGCUUACAAUGACUACUUGUUGCAAAAUUUUUUUUAACCACAUUUGAAUCAUUGCUUAUGAGUUGAAAUUCAAAAAUAUUUCAGUUUUAAUAAUGUUUCUAGUUAAAAUCUUAUUUUAAAAAUUACUUUAAAUAUUUUGUUCCUUUUGUAAUCUCUCUUUAGGUCAAAUUUUAAAUUGUUCAAGACAAUAGUAAGAUUGACUUUUUUUUUUGUUAAAUGUCUGCUUUCUUAAAACUUGGGAUACAUCAAUAAGCAUUUUCAGAAAAAGUCAUAGAAAAAAUGUUUAGGUUUUUGCAAAAUGCUGGAAAAUAAUAAGGAAUAAUUUGUUUUAACUUGGAUGAAAUGAAGUUUUAAUCAAUCACUGUUCUGGUUUAAAAUCACAGUUGUAUCAGAUUUAUAAGAAUAUUUAUUGCAAACUUUUUAAAAAUUGUCUGUUAUCUUUUCUUGUGAACAUUUUUAUUUUUCAUACUUUUUAAUAACUAAGAUUGUUUUAUCAAAACUGUGCAUUAUAUUUUGUGUAUAGGGAUAGUAAAUUGCACUUCUGUUGUACAUUAUUGCAAUCCAAAGAUGUUUUAAAAGUCUGCAAAAAUGUAGCAUAAAAAAGUUAUUCCAGUUCAUAUUUAUUCUAUGACGUUAUUUUAAAAAUGUAAUUUUUGUACAUAUGCAAUAAAUAUUAACCAUGUAUUUCAAAGGAUCAAAUAAAUUCUUAUCCUUUUUUC